CAAAAAGCGGUUUCUGACAAAUUUAUCUGUGCUCGUUCUCAAAAACUUCAUCUCAAUACAUAAUGAUUCAGUUUGUGAUUCUCAUUAGUAGACAAGGAAAAGUGAGACUCACAAAAUGGUAUUCACCAUACUCUCAAAAGGAGAGAUCCAAGAUUAUUCGAGAAUUAAAUGGGCUAAUUAUCUCUCGAGCACCAAAGUUGUGCAAUUUUGUAGAGUGGAGGGGAUUCAAAGUUGUUUACAAAAGAUAUGCUAGCCUCUACUUCUGCAUGUGUAAUGAUGAGGAAGACAAUGAAUUGGAGACUCUAACCAUUAUUCAUCACUAUGUUGAGACUUUGGAUCGCUAUUUUGGCAGUGUUUGUGAGUUGGAUUUAAUCUUUAAUUUUCAUAAGGCAUAUUUUAUAUUGGAUGAAAUUUUGCUUGCGGGAGGCUUGCAGGAGACUAGCAAGAGAACAACUCUAAGACUAAUAAAUGCACAGGAGGAUUUAGUAGAAACUGCCAAAAUGGAAGCCAGUUCACUGAGUAAUAUAAUUGCACAGGCCACCAAGUAAAAGUGUCAUGGAGGAUUGUAAUUAUGCUGCAGUGAUAGUACUACAUUUCACUCAGCUAAAAAUUUGUCUGUAUAAAAAUCAUUUAAAAAGGGUUAAAAUAAAUAUUUUUUAUAAGAUAGUAGAAGCACAAAUGUGCAGGACAUGCACCAAGUUAUUUUCAACAAAAC